AUGGCCGACAUCAUGGAAAAGCAAGAGGCCGCACACAUCGAAAACACCAUUGGGGACGACAAGACCCAUUCCGACGCUGUCAUCGAGAAGGUCAGGCAAGAGCACGGAGAAAUAUAUGCACAGGCCUUGGAGAGAUACGGUGAAGAAGGAUCGAUAGACCCCGAAACCGAGAAGAAGUUGAGAAACAAGCUGGACCGAAGGAUCAUCCCCCUUCUGGGCAUUUGCUACUUUUUCUACUAUGUUGACAAGACGACAUUGAGUUACGCUGCCAUAUUUGGUAUCAAGACCGACCUCAAUCUCACAGGCGACAAGUACUCUUGGCUUUCCAGUAUCUUCUACUUCGGUUGGCUAGGAUGGGCCAUCCCAUCCAACUUGAUCAUGCAGCGCUCACCUCCCGCCUACUAUCUCGCAAUUAACAUCUUCUUCUGGGGUGUCUUUCUUAUGAUCCAGGCGGCGUCCAAGAACUACGCGACUAUCGCCGCUUUGAGAGUCAUCUCUGGUGCUGCUGAAGCCAUCGCCGAUCCUGCCUUCAUGCUGAUUACCUCAAUGUAUUACACUCGAGAAGAGCAGCCAUCAAGAAUCUCUUGCUGGUACGCUUUCAACGGUCUCGGUGUAGCUGGGGGUGGACUUAUCGGCUACGGUAUCGGCCAAAUCAAAGGCGCCCUCGCAUCAUGGCGUUACGAAUUCCUCAUCGUCGGCGCUGCCUGUUCAGCCUGGGCAAUCUGCAUCGGCUUGUACCUCCCCAACUCUCCCGUGUCCUUCAGGGGAUUUACGCAUGACGAGCGGGUUCUGAUGAUUGCGAGGAUGAGGAAGAACCAGACGGGUAUCGAAGGCAGGAAGAUCAAGUGGGAUCAGAUUCUGGAGGCUGUGACCGACUACAAGACUUACAUGUUCUUCCUCCUUGGCAUCUCCAACUUUUCCACCCUCGUCAUCCAAGGUCUCGGCUUUGACACCCUCCACACUGCCCUCCUCGGUAUUCCCCAAGGUGUCUUGGUUAUGAUCUGGAUCGGCUCCGGCGCCCUCAUCAACGAUCGUCUUCCCAAAAACUCGAGGACUUUUGUCUGUGCUGCGUUCAUGAUUCCUACAAUCGCCGGGUCUUUAGGAUUCUUGUUGGCUCCUACCAAUGCCUAUGUCGGGAGAUUGAUCUGCUUCUACUUGACCGGGUCUUAUCAGUCUAGUUUUGUCCUGUCUCUAUCACUCAUCACCUCCAACUCUGGUGGUCAGAGUAAGAAGCUGAUCGUAUCCGGCUUCAUCUGGCUCGGCGCAUGUGUCGGAAACAUCGCUGGCCCCUUCUUCUACAAAACCGACCAGGCCCCCAAAUACACCCUCGGUAUCGGAUCCAUCCUCGUCUGCAACUGCCUCGAGUUCCUCCUUUUCUUUGCUUUCCGAUACGCCUUCAAGUGGGAGAACUACAAGAAGCAAAAGUUGAGGGAGCAAGUCCGAGACUCGGGCGAGGUGACGGAGGAGGAUGUGAAUGCGACGGCGUUUUCAGAUUUGACUGAUAAGCAGAACCCCAACUUUGAAUAUGUGUACUGA